CCCGCCUUCUGACAUUUGGCAGAAAUCAUUUGCCGCCGCUGUCUUGUGUUUUCCAAUGCGCGUUCUCGCUAGGUUUUCCGCGGACGCGUGCACCCCAGCCCCCUUGUUUGACUGUGAAGUCACCCGCAGCUCGAGAAGCUUUUCGGCUAGACAUGGCGGCGGACCCCAAACCGGACUGGCUUUCCUGUCUUCCCCCUUCUUGGAGUUACGGUGUCACCCAGGAUGGACGUAUAUUCUUUAUCAACGAAGAAGCCAAGAGUACAACCUGGUUGCAGCCUGUUAGCGGAGAGGCUGUAAUAACUGGGCACAGAAAAACUCUCGAUUUACCAACAGGAUGGGAGGAAGGCUACACAUUCGAGGGCGCUCGCUGCUUCAUCAAUCACAAUGAGCGAAAGGUGAUGUGUAAGCACCCUGUCUCAGGAGCUCCCUCGCAAGACAACUGUAUCUUCGUGGUGAAUGAACAUGUGAAAUAUGGAAAGCUUGUCCAUCCUGACAAGCCCCUAGAGGCUGACACCAGGACAACGCCAAAGCCAGAGGAGGAAAAUAGCGGCAAUAAAAAGGAGCGUCCCAUGAGCACCAUGAGCGAAGCGUCCAACUACACAGGUGGCUCAGACAACAGCAACUUCACCGGGAGCCCUGCCACUACUUUGACUCACUCUUCGUCAUUCACACGGCCUUCUAGGUCUUCCAAAAAAGUUCACAACUUUGGCAAGAGGUCCAACUCUAUCAAGAGAAACAUAAAUGCCCCAGUGGUCAAAAGCAGCUGGCUUUAUAAACAGGACAGUACAGGCAUGAAGCUAUGGAAGAAGAGGUGGUUUGUUCUGUCGGACAUGUGCCUUUUCUACUACCGUGAUGAAAAAGAAGACAGCAUCCUUGGUAGUAUCCUGCUCCCGAGCUUUCAUAUCUCCAUGUUGUCAGUGGAUGACCACAUCAGCAGAAAAUAUGCCUUUAAGGCCACUCACCCCAAUAUGAGGACGUACUAUUUCUGCACUGACACAGCCAAAGAAAUGGAGUCCUGGAUGAAAGUCAUGACAGACGCUGCCCUUGUCCACGGUGGACCUGUCAAAACCUCUGCGGGGCAAUGCCCACAAAUAGACAUGUUGGACAAGUUUAAAGUAGAUCAGCCGGCACCUCAGGAAUUAAACAACCUAUUGAAUAACAGAGUCUUCAGCCGACCAGAGAUCCAAAACAACGAACGAAAUCGUGUGCCUGUACGUCAACAUUCCUUAUCACGAGCUGAUGAGAAACGACUGAGAGAUGCUGAUAAACCGCACGGCGAGAAGGAGCGAGAGUACUACACCUUACAGAAAGAUGGGGGGAGGUAUUGCUUAAAGCAAGACUGUGUUAGCUACAUGCUCCAAAGGGAUGGUGACAAGUAUCUCCUGCACAAGGGAGGUGAAAAGUACAUGCUGCAGAAGGAUGGCGAAAGGUACUCCAUCCAAAGGGACUUGGACAAGUGCUCAAUUCGGAAAGCCGACGACAAAUACAGAGCGACGCCAACAGAAGAGAAACUUGCUACAACUAAAGUUGGUGAUAAAUAUUUUUUGUCAAAUGAUGAAGAAGACGCAUUCCUACUGCAAAAAAUGGGAAUCCCGCCCACCCUUGUAAAAGAAACACAGAAAUACGUCCCUCAGAGAGAAGUGAGGAGGCAGCUUUCAUUAAAGGAAACACAGAGUAAAUAUGGAACAUUACAAAUUGUGGACAAAUAUAACACUUUGAAGGAAGUUAGGAAAUACAGCACGCUCAGAGAAGGGGAUAAAUAUGCAACUCUAAGAGACUUGGAAAAGUAUGCUACGCUUCGUCAUGGGAAUGAACACCGCUUCCAGCAAGAUCCCAGUGCCGAGCUGUCUCACACAAAAAUAAGCAACCUAAAACUACAACCAGCCCAGGCGGCUGCCAUUGCAGCAGCGGUGUCUGCUUCCCGCCAGGGCCAGGCCACACUCGCGCUGCCAAAACCUACACAGGUGAACGGAUCAGGGUCAGUAGACCACACAGCAAAAAACGAAUACCAGGCGAGGGUUGCAGCGACUCCAGUUCAGGAACCAGCUAGAGGUUUGUCCAGAACCAAUUCCAUUCAGCAGUUGGAGCAGACGAGUCGCAGAACUCGGACAGAAGAUGAUAGAAGUGUUUCAUCCUACCAGACGUUACCCAGAAACAUGCCCAGCCACCAUGCCCAGCUUGUACCCAGAUACCCAGAGGGCUACCGCACGUUACCCCGAAACAGCAUGAUGAGGCCUGACAGCAUCUGCAGUGUGGCGGGUUCAACAUAUGAUCAGGCUCUUCGACCUGCCUCAACCAGCACCGUCACCACAGCGGAGAAGAGAAGGUCAAUGAGAGACGACACCAUGUGGCAGCUGUAUGAAUGGCAGCAGAGGCAGGCCUUCUCCAGGCAAAGUCUGGCUCAACCAACAGGUCAUUAUGGCACCCUUCCCAACACAAAAACAAUGGGCAACAUAUCAGAACACGGCGCCGUACACUCCAUCCCCACCUCGCCAUCGCACGGAUCGUUAGCGCUCUACAACACUCUGCCCCCUCCAUGCAAGCAAGGCAUUUCUAACACCGGCAGCUCCCACUCCGAAGUGUCAUCACCAAACUUUAGUGAAGAUGGGACGCUUGAUCGUCUCCAUAGGACACACCCUGCCAAGUUCGGGAGCACACUCGAUCGCCGUCCCAUGGGAGCUGGUGUUCCUUCUCAGCCCAUUACACCUCAGUCGCUGCAAGGCAAAACGCCUGAGGAACUGACACUGAUGCUCAUCAAGCUCCGCCGGCAACAGGCAGAGCUCAACAGCUUGCGGGAGCACACACUAUCCCAGCUAAUGGCCCUUGGAAUAGAGGGGCCCAAUCCCAAGACUGAUGUUCUUUCUCAUCAUCUUCAGAGGAACCUUGUUUACCUGGACAACCAGAAAAAGGAGAAUGAGCCUCUUAUCUUCAUCAUUCACACUAUGAUCGAGAAUUCGGCACCACGGCCGCAACUCUACCAGCAAAUAACUCCAGAUGACUACAAAGACUGCUCUAUAAUCCAACCCGCCGACGACAUUGAUACCAAAUUGAGCAGGUUUUGUGAGCAGGACAAGUUAGUGAGGAUGCAAGAGGAGAAAUUACAGCAACUACACAGAGAAAAGCACACUCUGGAGACAGCGCUGCUAUCCGCCAGUCAAGAGUUAAGUGACCAAACUAAUCCCAGUGCGUCAGCUACACAAAGUCUGGUCCAGCAGCGAGAUGUGCUCCAAAAUGGCCUGCUUAGCACUUGCAGAGAACUUUCCAGAGUCAAUAUGGAGCUGGAGCGCUCAUGGAGGGAGUAUGAUAGGUUGGAGGGAGACGUCACAUUGGCAAAAUCCAACCUACUGGAGCAGCUGGAAGCUCUGGGCAGCCCACAGACAGAGCCUCCAAGCCAGCGGCACAUUCAAAUCCAGAAGGAGCUGUGGAGAAUUCAGGAUGUGAUGGAAGCAUUGACUAAAAAUAAACCACAGCGCAGCAUAGACAGUUGUUCUGAUUCCAAACCACUAUCCAGCCAACACAAAAAUGAGGCAGUGACAUUGCUGCCACUCAGUCCUAUCAAGACGGGAAACGGCGUUCCCCCCCGUCCACCUCUUCCACAGUACUACUAUUCAUCCGAGCAACCCCCUCACAUCCCUUCCCACCAUCCAAACUCCAGCAGCCGUCCGCCUCCUUAUACGCAACGUCCCGAGGACCGCAAAACCGGCUCUAGGAAUGGCGCGCACAGUGUAAGAGCAGCGCAAAACGUCCAUAGCCAAGGUCCAGACUAUCGGUUGUAUAAGAGCGAACCUGAGCUCACCACAGUCAAAGAGGAAGUGGAUGAAGUCAACGGUGAGGACAAAGACAAGGACAAGAAUGAAACUGCUGAGAAUAUUGACAUUGUAGCCACAAAAGUUGUACCCCUCUACCCAGUGGGCAUUGUUCCUCCGAGAACCAAAUCCCCCAUGAGCCCUCCCGAGUCCACAACUAUUGCCUCCUACGUCACCCUGAGGAAGACUAAAAAGACAGAAUCCAGAUCGGACCGUCCCAGAAGUGCACUAGUAGACCAGAUUGGCUACGGGGAGAGAGAGGUGGGCCGACCCAGGAUGAGUGUGGAGGAGCAGAUGGAAAGGAUGAGAAGACACCAGGAGGCAUCAUCUCAACGAGAGAAGAGAAGAGAAGCCCUAUCUCGCUCGCAUUCGUUUGGCAAAGACGAGCCCUUUGUUAUGCCACAGUUCCGGGACCUCACAGAGGGAGCCUGCGCAGACCCAAUUGAGCUGGAAGCAGCCCUGAAGCAAGUUACAAUGUUUCACAAUGAGCAGAGCAGGACGGAAGCUGAAAGUCAAACCUACACACAGAGAGUGCCGAAUACAUCAGAGCUGUGUGAAAUGCAGACAGUAGUGAUUUUGGACCAGCACACUGAGACCCAGCAUGUGGAGAUUGUAAGCCUUCACUCCUUUGAGGAUGACAACAGCAGAGGCGAUAUGACCAGCUCACCAACCAAUAUCACAACUGAAAAUAGCUUCCAGAGUCCUGAUCCAGAGACGCCAAGUCCUGAGCCAAAAGAAGGGGAGGUAGAUGUGCUACAACAAAAUUCCAGGGAGGAAAGCCUAGAGAAGCACUUGGAAUCUUACAACCAGCUACCAGAAAAUGACAAGAAAAACAAUAACAACUUAUUGGCUUCACAAAUAUUCACUAUGGUGAGCAAUGACACAUGAGCAUCAACCUGGACAUCCACGAUGGCAUCCCAUAGAGCCCAAAUGUAGCAAGUUACAACAAGCUCACCCCCCAGUUUCCCACAUUUACAACACAACUACGAUGACACAACAAGGAGACUGAAAAAGAUGAUGGCAAGUGGUCGAGGCAGAGACUUUAGGUGUACAUGUUCUUAUCCCAAAGGUUUUUUAAAGUUUAACAAAAAAAAAAACGAACUAACUUUGUAUCAGUACUUCAAUUCAAAAAGUGAACCUCAUAUUAUAUAAUGAAGUAUUUUUCCCAGGUAGUAUUUAAAUCUGUACAACACAAGUAUCACUUUUUGAAUUAAACUACUGAAACAAAAUGAAAUUGCAUUCAAUUGUCUAACUUUUGAGAUGAACCAGUAUAUAAUAAUAUUCCGUUUAUUGGUUAUGUUUGGAAAUGUUCAUGCGUACUUGCCUAAAAUAUGUUCCAACAAAACUAGACUAUAUUUGUCCACAAAGUCUUAUAAGUUAGCUUUCUCUGUUUCUGUUUCUACACCAGUUCGUUAUUUUGUUAUAAAAGCUUCUGAACAAUUUUCUAACCUGUUUGCUGCUGAGCAGUUGUACGUGACAUGUGGAUGGGCAUCUGACUACAAUUGUAAGAAAAACAGAUGGAUCAAUAAUAUUUAUUAAUUUAUUCAUGAAUUAAAUCUCUGAAUGUUCAAAA